AUGAUGACCAGAAGGAGGAAUAACGGAAUCACAUCGCAACAGAAGCACCAAAGAAUUGAAGGAGCCAGGCUGCUCGCUGGAGUGCCUCAUUCCCCCAAGUCAUCACAGGAGGUACAAGUAAGCCCUCCAACGUUGGCACAUGGCGAAGAGAACUCCAGAAGCAGCAGCCGUGCGACCCGAGAUUGCUCUUGCAAGGCAACUCGACUUCUGGUUAGGCAUUCGCUUUGUAUUUCGAGUGGGGCGUUCACUGUCACCAGACGUCCUUCGCCGAGUAGCACCGGAUCACCUGCUCAUCCUGUUCCAGUUUUGGUGUCUCUUGCCGUUCUUCUUCUGCUGCUUCUCGCGAGUGACAUUUUUUCUGCACAUGCUGCCGAGAAUACUCGUUCAUUUUCCCAUUCUCCAGAAGAAUCUGAGUUGCGCGAGCUGCGCCCUGAUAAGCAUGACCUAAUGUUAUUUGUGGCGAAGCCAGCCGGAGACCCUCGUCGUUCCCUGACGUUCCAUCAUGAUGAGAAAGUUACGCUUGCGGCCUCUGGGACUCUAUUCCGAGUCAAUACAGAGACCACAGACAAGUCCGGCUUUCUACAUAGCAGCACAGAGAAAAGCACGGGGCCGUCCUACGAAGGGCAAGUAGAUGCCGACCGGAGCCACUUUUCCACGCAAGAGGAGAGCGAACGACAGAUCACAGGUAUACAGCCAACGGCGGAUUUUGAAGGAAGACAAGCAAAAAGAGAUGCCCAUUCACCAAAAUUCCCCCUCUUCCGCUCCUCUUCGGCUGCGGCACGUCUCGCGAGUCUCGGCUACAUUGUCGGACCUCCUUACGUUGGGGAGAACAGGGCCCAUGCACAAGCAGCAAGAACAGCGGAGCGAGAAAAAAAUAUCCUGCUGAAAGGUCAGCAACAUACACCAUCCUCAGAGGAUGACAGGAGAUUUCCAGAGCUUCAUUACAGUGACGUCUUUCCUCUUGGCGAUUCGAGUAACAGGGGUGAAGAAAAAGCAGAUUUCCUUGGACGAAAUGAGCGUGGUAGCAAGGAUUACCACUCACUGCGCCAACAUAAUGAAGGUGAAAACAACACCCAGGACCGUCCUUCAAAUGAUUUUUCCGAACCUGCGAAAGAAGGGCAGCAGGGGAACUCCACAACACCCGAGAGCAAACAGGAUGUUUCGGCAGGAGGUAAUGCCUCUGUACGCCCCAAUAAAAAGUCCUCCUUUACUGUGGAGUUCAAGUUCGGUCCGUCCUCUUCACCUUCCGACUCUUCCCUCCCCUUGUAUCUUCUACCGGUUGCCGAUGGCGCAGACUCAGGUCUGUUACCUGCAUUCGGUCCACCCCGGCCCUUCACUAUUCCUUCCGCACCACAAGCAGCAAAUGGCAACAUUCCGCCCGCUUCCGCCGCUGACACCGACAAGACACGCGCUUUACCCUCACAGCUGGACCCCACAAGCGGGAGCCUCAGUAGUACUUCUCUUUUGAGUCGCCAGCCAGCAGAUUUGUCAACAGUGUCGCUUUCCACAGGCCUGCCCGUCCCCGUGACUAGCAGUACUGCGCUCGUAGGCCUUCCGCUCAGCCAAGCUGUCAUUCUCGUCCCCGUCUCGCUUCUUCAUGCUUUGCCAGCGCCUGCGGUGCUACCCCGAAGUCCUCCGCAUCGAAACGCUGCUUCUCAGAUUUCUCCAGCCGCGCACACCGAUCCUGCAUCCCAUGUAUUCCCACAUCUCCGAGGGCGGCUCCCGCUACCCGGAGAAACUGCUUGGGAAACAACGAGCGGUGGAGACGCUCAUCUCGUAUUUCAUUUGCCUCCUCUCCGUUCAGUCUUUAGCCCCUCUCUUCCAUUUUCGUUCGCCGGUACUGCGGCGCAAGACGGGCUUUUUAUUCACUCAAAGCAAUCUGUGUUUGCCAAAGAAGCUCAGGAGACAAGCAGCUCUCAUAAUGAAUUACUCCCACCUUCCUCCAUUACUCCUGUGGAGGCCACAUCGUCAGUCUUUCCAACCCCUCCGAGCGCUCUGGCUCCUGAAACUUGGGGUUCUCGUAGGAGCCCGCUGGACUCGAUUCUUCAGUCUCCCCCUCAGUCACCACCUAUCCCGUUCGGCAACCUGUCGGCGAGUUCUCAGGAGGCAGCAACUAGCGUCACCCCUGCAUAUGACAGCGCGUCGCCUGCGUCAGAUUUGCCGCCUGAAUCCUCAGCGCCAGAGGCGCCCCAGCCUGCUCCCCGCCCUCGCGUAAAUGAGCUUGACGCAGAUCGAGAUCCUGCACAGGCGGUCCUGGCAGGUCAAGGGCUCUCCGCAAAACAGGUGCCCACGCAAAAUCUGGAAGCUAUCCUCGACUACAUCAAAGAACAGCGAGGAGGACGAGAGUCAGACUUUGUUUGGGAAGAGAGAGAUUCGAUGCCCCUCUGGCAACUACCCCAUUCUUCGGAUACUCAUUCAAAGAGUAUGAGUCCGAAAGGGAACCACGGUGAUAUCUUGGGCUUCAGCCACAGCCCUGGUGUUGCCUCAGGCAAAAUGGACGAGGAACUAGAAACAAAGAUGCCGGGGAGACUAGUCGAGUUAGCUCUUCAGCAAGCCGCAGAAACCGUGAUUCACAGCCUUGCGUCGGAGGGACUGCAAGCAUCGCCUGCCACGCCCCUGUUGGAACCUCUCCCGCACUCUGCAUGGCCUGAAAUGGACUUGAGGGCGUCUGGGAAAGCUGGAGGAGCAAUACUACCUCAACUCGGUUCACUUUUUGCACUUCUGACAGGCAUUGAUAGCGACCAAUUGAGAAAGUUCUUCACGGGGUCGGUUCUUCCCCCGGUACUGCCCUUGAACAGUGGUGAACACAACUCACCACCGGCUGCCACUGAGAGGCAGGUCCCUCCGACUUCAUCAAUCGUCAGCGUCCCCGUAGAACCGCCGGCGGCUCUUCUUCCUUCUAGGAGCAUACCAACAGCUCCGCAGCCCCCAGUCGAGCUGACAGAGAGCAGCAUCGACACACUCACUUUUAUGCGGAGUGUACUGCCGUCGCUGGAGGCUCUCACAUUCGGGCUACACUUGGAGACGCCAGAAACGGCGCAAGAUUAA